AUGAAGUCUCUGGCCAUCACAUUCGUAUGGCCUUUGCCAUUCCUGCUGCUGCUGCUGCCACUGAAGUUGCAGGGGGACUAUUGGGAUGACAGUGAAUAUGAACUAGACACAAACGUACGUGACUUCUUUAGGGAACUUGAGAGUACAGGGCCUACCAAACCACCUACCAAAGAAAGAAUCAUAGAAAUGAUCAUUGUUGGUGAAAUACCUUUGGAAGACUCUAAUUACUGUAACAUUGAACUCAAGAAUAAAGAGGUUCACUACAAGGGGCGCUGUUACCCAGAACAUUACAUUGUAGGAGCGUCCUAUCAAGAGCUAUCAAAAGCCUGUUAUGGUGAACGAGUGCAGUGUAAUAACAGAGUUAAAUUUUGCAGAAGAAGCAUGGAUCUGAUAAAGGGAGUGCGAUGUGUUUUAGACAGUGGAGAGCGGAUGUCAAACUGCAUAUAUAAAAACAUCCUCAUGACUGGUUAUCCAAUUGUCACUUGUCAAUGGGACGAAGACACCCAAGAAUUUAUUCCUAAUUAUAUACAUAAUAUGUCGGUACCUGAGUAG